AUGACCAAGUCAGAUCCUUACCCGACGCAGUACAUUCAUUUCCCCAGGUCAUGGAAUGAAAAGUGGUCAAGCGAGGGUGUGACAAAUUUGGAGAAAGCCAAAAUUAUGCUCCAUGACUUCAUCAGCAAUGACGAGUCCGACGAAAAUGAGAAAUUAGAACUGUGGGAAUUCCUUAGUGCUUCUCAUGCGGAUGGAAAUCUUGAAACCGUCACAUCUCUCGCCACUGCCGUUCAGCACCUAAUUCGCAAGGUCGAAGACGCUCUCCUCAAGCGUGCUCAGGAUUCCAUCUUCGACGGAAUUAUCCACCUGCACGGUGCCGAGAUCACAAACGACGCAACGUUGAUUGAGGAAGCUGGAGACGACUUCCACCUGAUCCUUGGCACGGACGGUGCCAACUCUUGGGUCCGCAGGCAUUACUUUUCAGAGGAGCAAGAACCUUGCGGCAGGAGCUUUGCACUCGGAGUCGCCCUUGAUCGUGGCGAUAGGGGUCUGCCUCGUUCACAGGCUUUAAACGUUCUCCUUACUCUCUGCCAGACCAUGUUCCUGCUCAACUCAAGUCACCAGGACAGUACAGGUUACUUGAACAUGCUUCUCACAGAACAUGAAUACGAUCAAUGUAUCUCGCUAGACGGGAUCCCCGCUGAUUUUGGGUCACUAGCUUGUAUCCGUACAGGCGGAAUCGUGCCUCCAGGGUUCACAAACGGUCAGAUCUUUGCUCCAUAUGAUGAAGGUUCCAGGUUGUGGGAGUCUAUUUCCGACGGGCUGCGACUAUUUGGAUUUGAGGAAAGCGACGUCAAGAGCAUUGUACGAAUUCCCAUCAAUCUCAUGGGUGUCAGCACCGCCACAAAGGUGCUCACUCUCGAAUCACGGACAAGACGCCGCCCUCACUGUCUUGUAUCACUGGCAGGAGAUUCUGCGUUGACGCACCACUUCUGGCCUGGGCGAGGCAUGAACAGUGGGAUCAAAGCAGCGAUAGCUUGGUCUAACCAGGUCUCGGAUCUCAUCUUGGAACGAAAGGAGGGGCUCGUUGGUCUCGAACCACACUCUUUGAACCCCUAUCUAGAUUUCAUGAAGUGGCUCAGGGACCGAGAACACACACAGCGAAGCUUCGUCGUCCAAAAGGCAUCCGCUUCUCCUGAAAGAAUGGAAGAGAAUAUGAGCAAAGCCCACACACUGUUAUACGACCCUGAUCGAAUGACAACAACGAAAGUGGGCGAAAAGGUCUCCGAGUUCGCAAGGCAAGGUCGACUGACAACAACGAAACUGAGCGACAGAGUCACCCAGCUCGCAAAACGUCUCGCCGGGCCCAACUCGAGGCGCUGGCCCCAUCCGCCGACCAAAGACUUAGCUGGAACGGUUUUGCAGAUACUGAGCCAGCUGAUGAGACGCACCAAGGCCGAGAUGUAUCAUUCUGGUCCUUGGCCGAUCGAGAAGAUGAACGGGCCUGAAGUCUAUCCCCCGAAGCUGCGGAUCCCAAACUUACCUCGUUCGAGGCCUGGACGCGACACUUCCGGACUCCGUGUCCCGCAGCUCCUUCUGGCCUUCAUCUUGAUGUUCAUCGCUGUAUUGUUGGAAUGGUGGCUGGAGUCCUGGUUGUUUAUGGCACCGAUAAGACAAUGA